CUUUUUUACACCACCAAAAAUCCACGCCGCGGUUCUCCAUUCCAAAGACAAUACAGCUUCAUCCACCCGCAUACUCGACCGUUUGAACCCAUCCAACCGCCGAUUCCCACUCACCCACAGAAAUUCCACUAUUCCGAGCGUCUUACGUUUAUUUCUGCCAUGUACUAUUUAGAACGCAUUUACAGUUUCUAAUUCAAUACAUUUCCCAACAAAUCCAAGUCCACACUUUGCUCUUGCAACCUUUGUCGCUAUUUGCUUUCCUACAUUGCUGACACGUCACAAUCCCGUUUGACACCUACCAAGCAGCCGGCAGCCUCAAUCAUGGCUUCGCACGACGUUCGCGACGUGCUUAAUCUGCCGCUCGAUGGCGGUUCACGACCCGCGAAGAAGCAGAAGACUGGAGUCCCGCGAACAAACUUGAAGGGUCUAGCAAGGGAAGUACAGAACUUGGGAGGCGACAACCCCAUCGCGAUCGUACCGGAGCUGUCCGCAUUCAAGAAGCGACGAUUCGGAAGCCGUAAACCAGCUGCGCGAUGGGAGUUACAACCCUUCCGCAAUUCAGCGCGAGGCGACCAGUCGCUGCAUUUACGGCAUUGGAGAAAGCAGACGGAAGAACAAGCAAGACCUCAGGAACGACAGAAUGGAGAGAAUGGAGCAGGUGUGGAGACUAAGUCGGAACAGUUGGAAGACUCGGCGUUCGCCAAGUUCAACGUGCAGGUUGAUAUUCCCCAGUACAGUGAUGAUCAAUACCAGUCAAACCUUAAAAGCGAUGAGUGGACGAAGGACGAGACAGAUUACCUAUUCGAUCUUGCUAGACUCUUUGAUCUUCGAUGGCCGCUCAUAUGGGACCGUUACGAGUACCAACCCAAGCCCGAGAAGGUGACAAAUGGAGAUGGAGGAGACACCACCGAUCCUAACACUGCCGUAGUUCCUGCGUCUAAGGUGCGAUCACUAGAGGACUUAAAGGCCCGAUAUUAUGAAGUAGCAGCGAAGAUGAUGGCAGUUCAGAAGCCCGUGCAAUACAUGACGCAAGCCGAAUUUGCUUUGCAUGAGGUCAUGGCCAAUUUCAAUCCGAACUCUGAAGCGCAGCGCAAGAAAUUUGCGGCAGACGCGUUAUCCCGGUCCAGCGAAGAGGCCCGGGAGGAGGAGAUGCUACUCAUCGAAGUGCGAAGAAUCCUUGCUCGCCAGGAGAGGCUGAACCAAGAACGUCGCGAGCUGUACAACCGCCUGGACUACCCGCACCAAGACCAGGAUAUCAACGCGUUCAAAUCUAGCUCUGGCCUGCAGACGCUGCUUCAGAAUCUCAUGAAUGUGGACAAGACUAAGAAGCGCAAGUCCCUCAUGGAAGCCAACGGCGCCAACACGCCCGCCUCAGCACAUCCCUCGGGCCAUCCUGCCAAUUCCACACCCUUGUCGGAAACCCGCCGCGGGAGCAUUGCCGCCUCCUCCGUCACCGCCGGUCACCGCGACUCGAUCGGUGGGGGCGAGAGGCCCGAACGCCCGACGAAGAAGGGUGCGCAGCCGGAACGCAAGAAGCUCACCGAGCAGGAAGAGCAAAUCUACGGUGUAUCACAUCACGAUAGGCUACCGUCAGGCCCGACGUUCCGGUACGAGCGCAUCAACAAGAUCCUCACAACGAAGAGCAACGCCCAACACCAGCGUAUCACGAACACGUUGGCAGAGCUUGAUAUCCCGAGUCGACUGAACAUGCCGACGCGUGCUGUUGUCGAGGAGAUGGAGAAGCUGCUCCAAGCCAUUGGAACGUUGCUGGAUUUGCGAAAGACGAAUGAUAAGGUGGACGCGGAGAUUCGUCUCGAGAAAGCGAAGAAGGCGGAGCGGGAGAGGAAGGAGGGCAAGGUUCCGCCGCCGGAGGAGAAGACGAACGGGGAGGUUAAGGAAGAGAAGGAUAAAGAUAAAGAUAAGGAUGGUUUGACGAAUGGAGAUGCUGCUAGUGCGGGAGGUGGAGCAGCGGAGAAGACGAACGGUGAGACUGCGAGUGCGGACGCGGACGCAGCUAAGAAGCAGAUCAGUGCAGAGGAUAAGGAUAAGAGCGUGAGGCCCGAGAGUAGUGGUGGCCGGAAGAGGAGCUUGAGCGUGCUUAGUAGCGUUAGUGACAAGAGCGCUAAGAGGCAAAAGAAGUAAGGCUACUACAGACACGAUAUCGACAUCCACUUCCCAUGAUAUUAGGUGUCGAGCCUAGUACAAGGGUCCAAUCAGAAGCAAGCAGUCUAGGAAGUCUGGUAACCAGAAGUGCGAUUCACAUGAAGUACGAGAGCCGACGGAAUGAGAUGAGAAGGAGGAGAGAAGGAGGAAAGCCUAUGGCUGCUGACUACGAUACCUCAGUUACGGGUCAGUUAUUGUUUUGGAACUGCGCAGUUAGGAAAAGGGGUCUCUAGCUACCUAGCUUAACUACUGGGUGCUUGAGACAUGCCUUAUAUUCCUGCUGCUUGCUUGUAUGUAUGAACGAGGCUACGAUGGCAACCACGAGCUUGCUACGCCUUAAUCGAAACACUGCAUUGCAUUGCUAUGAAUGAAAGCAUCUCCGGCUCUGUUUAA